AUCCCAGCUAAGGAUCCCCCUCCCUGCUUCCCCAAUCCACUCUCACACUCUCACUCUGUAGUCUGUACAGUCUGAAACGGGCGAAAGGGGAGAACUCGUCGCCUCAACCUUUUCCCUUUCACCGCACGGUCGCCGGUUCGUCCUGCGCCUUCACUGCUGUCCAGUCGUCUGUGCCUCUGUCCGCGUCUGUCGUCUCCGUUCGCAUCGCGUCGUCCCUGCGCCUUCAUUGCGUCCGGCAGCUCCUGCGCCUUCACUGCGUCACCUCGCCUUCCCUGUUUCAAUCCUCUCAUUCUUUGUAGUUUGAGCGAAGCCGUCAAAAACCGCGAAACACAACACCCUGAGAUCUGCAACAGCUUCAAUCUCUCUCUCACUCUCGGCUCAGAUCUCACGCCGAUCUUCCUCAGCUUCCGUCCCUGAGAUGCAAAUUUGGGACUUUUCAGGGCAAACAACCCAGUUAUUCAUCAAUGACAAAAUGACAAAUGAUUCUCUUUGUCAACUUGGAAAGGAGGUAGAUGUUGAUUUGGUUAUGUAUAAUUCUCUUUGACAAAUGACAAAAUGACAAAUAAAGUUUUUGCUUGCUCAAGUAAUCAAUAAAAUUAUUUUGUUAAAAAGAAUGUUAUAAAGUUAGAAUUAUUCUUUUUUAGAGAAAAAGACAAAUAAGUCCAUGACUUUUUAAUUUAAAGACAACAUAAGUCUUUCACUAAUUAAAAAUAUAAAAACGUCCUUCACCUUCUAAAAUGCGAGACAUUUAAGUUCCUCCGUCCAAAAUAUAUAAGGACAAAUAGGUCCCUUGGAGGGACUUAAAUGGCUCGCUUUGUAGAAAAUAAGGGACAUUUUUGUAAUUUUAAUUAGUUGAGGACUGAUGUGUUUUCUUUUUUUUUUUUUUUGAAACAAAUGUAAACGUCGAUUUGAUGUGUAGAUUACAAGUUGGUUCAUGUAAUUUUUUUUUUCAAAUAUCUUCUCUGAAACUCAUUUUGCCCUCCUCAAAUAACUCAUUUGUGAGACCAUUCAUAUAGUGAGAGCACAAGCAGCAAUGAUCUGUAAUGGGUUAUACUAAUGUACGCAUUCAAACCAAAGAUUCCCUACUCGUUGCUGCUGAAGUUCACUGCCUAUAGAACAGUCAAAAUCCGGUGGCUGAUACUGUUACCACCACCACCACCACCACCUUCAGCCACCGACACCCACUCAUUCAAUGGCCACAUCAACUACCUUUCCUCCCAAGGUUCCGACCACCAAAUCCUCCUCACCUAUGCCUCUAUGCUCCAUUCCCAAGUUCCUUCUGAUCCCUUCACCUUCCCCGCUCUCCUCAAAGCAUGUUCAUCCCUCAACCUCUUUUCCCUUGGCCUCCUCCUCCACCAACGCAUCGUUCUUCUUGGCUUUUCCCGUGAUUCUUACAUAGCUUCUUCUUUGAUUACUUUCUAUGUCAAAUUCGGGUUCCCUGAUGUUGCUCGCAAAGUGUUCGACUUUAUGCCUCAGAGAAACGUUGUCCCUUGGACUACCAUUAUUGGCUGCUAUUCCCAUGGUGGUCGUGUUCUUGAGGCUUUUUCCUUGUUUGGUGAGAUGUGUUGCCAAGAAAUUCGGCCCACUAGUGUUACAUUGCUAAGCUUGCUAUCUGGAAUUUCAGAAAUUGCUCAAGUGCAGUGUUUGCAUGGCUGUGCGGUUUCACAUGGGUUUAUGGUUGAUAUGACCUUGUCAAAUUCUCUAUUGAAUGUGUAUGGGAAAUGUGGAAGCAUUGAGGAUUCUAGGAAGUUGUUUGAUUACAUGGAGCAAAGAGAUUUAGUUUCUUGGAAUUCGUUGAUAUCAGCCUAUGCCCAGAUUGGGGAUCUGACUGAGGUUCUGCUGCUUUUUAAGACAAUGAGGGUGGAAGGGUUAGCGCCUGAUCGGCAGACUUUUGGGUCAGUGCUAUCUGUGGUCGCAUCAAGGGGGGAGUUGAAAUUAGGAAUGCUAGUUCAUGGCCAGAUUUUGAGAGGUGGUUUUCACUUGGAUGCACAUAUUGAAACAUCAUUGAUUGUAGCGUACUUGAAAGGUGGGAACGUUGACACUGCUUUCAGAAUGUUUGAGAGGAGUUUGGAUAGGGAUGUAGUUUUGUGGACAGCCAUGAUAUCAGGCCUUGUGCAGAAUGAUUCUGCUAAUAAGGCACUGUGUGUGUUCCGCCAAAUGUUGAAUCUUGGAGUGAAGGCAUCUAGUGCUACUAUGGCCAGUGUAAUUACAGCAUGUGGUCAACUUGGGUCUAUUCAUUUGGGGGCAUCCGUUCAUGGUUACAUAAUGAGGCAAGAAUUGUCAUUGGAUAGUGCCGCUCAAAACUCUCUUGUUACCAUGUAUGCAAAGUGUGAUCACUUGGACCAGAGUUCAAUUAUAUUUGAUAGGAUGAGCAAAAGAGAUUUGGUUUCUUGGAACGCAAUAGUUAGUGGAUAUGCACAAAAUGGCUAUGUAUGUAAGGCAUUGUUGCUUUUCAAUGAAAUGAGGAGUGAUCAUCAAAAUCCUGAUUCAAUAACCAUUGUCUCCCUCCUCCAAGGCUGCGCGUCAACUGGACAACUUCACUUGGGAAGAUGGAUACACAGCUAUGUUGUAAGAAACAUCCUUCAGUCGUGCAUCUUAGUGGACACUUCUUUGGUAGACAUGUACUGGAAAUGUGGCGAUUUGGAUGCCGCCCAAAGGUGUUUCAACCGGAUGCCAUAUCAGGACUUGGUGUCAUGGAGUGCAAUAAUUGCAGGGUACGGCUAUCAUGGCAAAGGAGAAAUUGCAUUUAGGUUAUACUCAGAGUUCCUGAAAACUGGGAUUAAACCAAACCAUGUGAUUUUCUUGUCGGUUCUAUCUUGUUGUAGUCAUAAUAGACUUGUAGACCAAGGAUUGAGCAUAUACAAAUCGAUGAGUAGAGAUUUUGGAAUUGCACCCAAUCUUGAACACCAUGCUUGUGUGAUUGAUCUCCUCAGUCGAGCAGGGAGGGUCGAGGAGGCGUAUAACCUGUACCGAAAAGUAUUCUUAGGGCCUCAUCUAGACGUUUUAGGCAUAAUCCUUGAUGCAUGUCGAGCACAUGGUAAUAAGGAACUUGGUGAUGCAAUUGCCAAUGACAUUCUCAUGCUGAGGCCUACGAAUGCAGGGCAUUAUGUACAACUUGCACAUUGCUAUGCUUGGAUAAACAAGUGGGAAGAAGUGGGUGAGGUAUGGAAUCAUAUGAGAUCUCUUGGAUUGAGGAAAAUUCCUGGCUGGAGUUUCAUUGACAUACAUGGGGCCAUAACUACAUUUUUCACAGAUCACAACUCACACCCCCAAUUUCAAGAAAUAGUGUUUACACUAAAAAUUUUGAGGAAGCAAAUGAUCAAAAUGGAGGAACGUUCAUUGUGUAUAUAAUACUAACAUUGUCUAAAAUGAACAAACGAAAGAGAAAGAAAGGAUGAACAGGAGCAACAGUGAGUGUUCAUGGUGUUGAUGUCGACAGUUGGAUUCUGUCUCAUUGGUUACAUUGGCGGCAGACCACUCUAUUGGCAUCUCAACAAGUCCCUCUCCGCCGUCUCUUCUUGCCCCCCUUGCCACUGCGAUUGCUCUUUUGAACCUCUUCUUUCUCUCCCUGACGGAUUGAAUAACUCCAUUUUAGGUCAGUUCUUCUCUCUCUAUUACUACUACUUAUAGAAAAAGCUGCAGCUAUCAGAUAACAAUGCCAUACAAAGUCACUUAUGCAAUGUGAUACACACCAUGAUCAUAGUUAAACAACAUGCAAAUAUAUAGCUGUUAUUAAUCACACUAAGUAGAUACGUAAUUAUUGUUCACCUAUUACACUAAGUAGAUACGUAAUUAUUGUUCACCUGUUCAACUUUCUCUUGAAUCAAUGACUUUUUCUUCAA